AUGGCGCCCGUCCAGAUCAGCGAGGUUAAGGGCAGCGGGCGCGAGAACCGCACCGCCGCGCAUUCGCACAUCAAGGGCCUCGGCCUGCGGUCCGAUGGCACGGCUGAGAAGACCAGCGGCGGUUUCAUCGGCCAGGCUGCUGCUCGAGAGGCAUGCGGCGUUGUCGUCGACCUGAUCAAGGCGAAGAAGAUGUCCGGAAGGGCGGUGCUGCUAGCCGGUGGACCUGGAACCGGUAAGACGGCGCUCGCGCUGGCCGUCGCGCAUGAGCUGGGAACCAAGGUGCCGUUUUGCCCGAUCGUCGGCAGCGAGAUAUACUCGGCGGAGGUCAAGAAGACGGAGGCGCUGAUGGAGUGCUUCCGGAGAGCUAUCGGUCUGCGCGUUCGCGAAACGAAGGAGGUGUACGAGGGCGAGGUUACGGAGCUCACGCCCGAGGAGGCAGAGAACCCGCUCGGCGGCUACGGCCGCACCAUCUCGCACCUGAUCAUCGUGUUGAAGUCGGCAAAGGGCACGAAGAAGCUCCGCCUGGACCCUUCCAUUUACGAGGCUAUCCAGAAGGAGCGCGUGCGCCUGGGUGAUGUCAUUUACAUCGAGGCCAACACUGGCGCCGUCAAGCGCGUCGGCCGCUCGGAUGCUUAUGCCACCGAGUUCGACCUCGAGGCUGAGGAGUACGUGCCUGUGCCCAAGGGCGAUGUUCACAAGAAGAAGGAGGUUGUCCAGGAUGUUACUCUGCAUGACCUGGACAUUGCGAACGCAAGACCCCAGGGUGGCCAGGAUAUCAUGAGUAUGAUGGGCCAGCUGAUGAAGCCGCGCAAGACCGAGAUCACGGACAAGCUGCGGGCGGAGAUCAACAAGGUCGUAAACAAGUACAUCGACCAGGGUGUGGCGGAGCUGGUCCCUGGUGUCUUGUUCAUCGAUGAGGUCCACAUGCUCGACCUCGAGACCUUCACCUUCCUCAACCGCGCCCUGGAAUCCACCAUCUCGCCCAUCGUCAUCCUCGCCUCCAACCGCGGCCUCUGCCCCGUCCGCGGCGCCGAGAACAUCUUGCCUCCUUCGGCGCACGGCCUGCCCCCGGACCUGCUCGCCCGCCUGCUCAUCAUCCCCACGCACCCCUACGAGCCCGACGAGGUGCGCCAGAUCAUCCGCACGCGCGCCCGCACCGAGUCGCUCAAGAUCGACGAGGCGGCGCUCUCCAAGGUCGGCGACCUCGGCGUCAAGGUCAGCUUGCGGUAUGCGCUUCAGCUGCUGUCGCCCGCGCAGGUCCUGGCAAAGGUUGGUGGUAGGGAUGAGAUUGGCGUGGCGGAUGUGGAGGAGUGUGAGGGCUUGUUUUUGGAUGCGGGGAGGAGUGCGCAGGGGGUGGCGCAGGUGAGUGGGUUCAUUGCUUGA